AUGGAGAUAACAAUAAGAUUAUCAGAAAAGGAACAGUUCGAUUUGAACCCAAUCUCUAAUUACACAACGAUGGGUAAUAUCGAUAGUCGCAACGAACGAUUCUAUAACCUUUGCGGUUUGGGUAAAGCUCGCCUAAUCGAGAAAAUGCUUGAAAACGAUCGAAUCCUAAAAACUAUAAAUAUCGAUUGGAUCUCAUUCGAAAGUCAAUCGACACCUCUACUAAUAGCGUCCGCGAAUGGUCAUGAUCUCGUAGUUGAUAUUCUCUUGCGCAAUAAUGCCAAGCUAACGAUAAAAGACGCCCGACAAGCAACACCUUUGCACCACGCUGCUCAGCGCGAUUAUACAACAAUAGCGAAAAAACUUCUCCAUGCUGGAAGUGAUGUCAACGCUCGCGACAAACUUGGUUGGACACCAUUGAUGAAAGCUUGUUAUUUUUGUAGUCCGGAUAUUAUUGUAACUUUGAUCGAAGCUGGCGCUGAAAUCGAUGCUCAGACUGAACAAGGUCGAACAGCAUUACAUGAAUUAUGUCGAUCGCCAACAUUGAACAAUGAAACAUUAUUAGCAGAAAUUGCUUGUAUUUUAAUCGACGCGGAUAACAUGACAAAGAGCUCGAUCUAUGCAAACGUUUUCGUUCUAGCUGCGUACCAUAAUCAUCCAAGUGUGGUUCUAGUUCUUCUCGAAUCGCACAGUUUUAUCAAUCAUACUGAUCAGCAAGGUUGGACAGCACUUCACUGGGCUAUCGAUCGUGACCAUGUGGAUGUCGUUCAAUUGUUGAUUGACAAAGGCAUUCGGACCGAUAUUCGCAGUCAUCGCGGAGAACUGGCGAUCUCGCGUGUUAAAUCCUGCCGCAUUCAUGAUAUUAUGAAACAUAUCAAACGGCAAUCGUUAUCUCUAGCAGACAAAUCUUCGAUGCAGGUCACGUCGAGUAUCUCGAUGAUCGAUCUGGAGAAAAUCUAA